AUGAAGAAAAGUCAAUGCAAAACGGAUGAGGAGUUUCAAGAAUGGCAGAUUGAACAUAUUUCUCCCAAUCAAUGUGACAUCUAUUUUACAGGUAGGUCACCUGCAAUGGAAGCUGAAGGUGCAAAAGUAUUGUGGAAUACGUCUGUGGAACUUCACAAAAUUAGGUACAAGUGGAUGGUAUCUGAUGGUGAUAGUAAAGCAUUCAGUGCUGUAGAGGAUACAUAUGAGGAAUGCAAGGUUGAAAAGUUAGACUGUGUCGGACGCAUACAAAAGAGAAUGGAUAAGCAUCUCCUGAACCUUAAGUCAACUACCAAAGGCAAGCUUGCAGAUGGCAAUUCUAUUGGAGGUAAAGGCCGACUAACAGAGGUUAGGAUCAAGCGCAUUCAAAGAUACUAUGGUCUUGCUAUAAGACAAAAUACCUUGUCAAACCAAAACCCAACAGAAAAGGAAGUUGAUGUGGCUGUUUACACAAUGAAGAAAAAUAUUAUUGCCAUUCUUCACCAUUCCAUCCAGUCGAAAGACCUGGCUAAACAACACCGCUACUGUCCUGUUGGAGAGUCUUCCUGGUGCAAGUGGCAACAAGACACUGCAACUGGAACGAACACCUACCAAUCAGAGGACUGUCUACCAGAGGUAUUUUGUGAGUUGUUACGCCCAACUUUCAUGGCACUAAGUGAAAGGAAACUUCUCGAGCGAUGUGUACGUGGUGCAACACAAAACCGUAAUGAAAGUAUUAAUGCGCUGGUAUGGGCUCGUUGUCCAAAGAACAAGCACCAUGGUGCAAAGGUAAUUCGUUGCGCUGUAGCCUCUUCCGUCUGCCACUUCCACAGUGGAGCUUCCUCAAGAGUGAGGGUGAUGCAAAAACUAUCCAUUCCAGCAGGAGUUUUUACAAAGCAGACAUCAGCUAAAAAUGACAAAAGGCAAAUAAAGAAAGCGGACCGACAGGCAAUAGACAAAGCAAAGAAACGACGGCAAGGGCUCCAGCUAAUGCGAACUUGCUGUGAAGAGGCCCUCAGGGAAGCUGAGGGAGUAACAUAUGAAGCAGGAGCCUUCUAG